AUGUCUCGGUACCUUCUCUUGUUGUGGCUGAAGUUCCCAUGCUCGCUUGCUCCGACAUCCAGCGAGUAUCUUCCAGGUGAUGCUCGUAACCUGUGCAUCGAAGUCGCCAAUCGCAUGGGGGUCAUUGAAAACGACUCCAAAUUCCAGACAUUCAUUGAAAUGUACCGGGGACGUUACGUCCGAAAGCCAUUGCCGCAAAGAUCUGUGGUUGAGCUAUGCUUGCUGCACGUUUUGAAAAUGCCCUUCGAGCUGAAUUCCUCUAUCAAGAACUCACUGAUACGUUACUAA